GUUCUAUAAGAAAUAUCGAUAACUAUGAUACUCAUAUUUUUCAAUUUGACAGGAAGCACUUGUAAACUUUGGGUGAAUAUAUAACAGACCAAAGUUCCAUAUCCUUCACCGUCAAUCCCCCCCACAUCCUAAACAUACUUGAAUUCCAACAUCUCCACAAGAAUGUCUUUCCAAGUUGUCGGUGUUAACCACCAAAAGCACUCGCACACUCACUCGGAUGUUUGUGAAAGUGCCAAUGACUUUGAUGGCACCAACUGGGGUGCCCGGAUUUCCUCCGUGUUUGUAGUCCUCAUGACCUCUGCCAUUGGUGCUUACCUCCCAAUUCUUUGCUCGAAAUACUCGUUCAUCAGAUUGCCCCCCUCGGUCUUCUUCGUCGCCAAGUUUUUCGGCUCUGGAGUCAUUAUUGCCACGGCCUUUAUCCACUUAUUAGCACACGCUCAGGCCAGUUUCAGCCAUGGAUGUCUUGGUGGCACCUUCCUGGAAUAUCCUUGGGCCUUUGCUAUUGCAAUGAUGACCUUGUUUGUGCUUUUCUUUGCCGAGUUGAUGGUUUACCGUUUCGUGGAACACAAGAUUGGUCUGAACUCCCAUUCCCAUUUCGGGGACGUGGGCCUUCUCACCCAGGAUGAUAAGGAUACAGACAGUGUCUUGGGCUCUCCCAAAGACGAUGGUGCUUUUACCCAACAAACUACAGAACCUGAAUCGGCCAACCCGUACCCAUCUCAUUUCUCGCAUGCGAAACAUCACCAAGACCCCGAAGUUAUGGGAACGCCAGCCGUGGAGGCGGAAAAAGAAAACUACUAUGGACACUUAGUUUCUGUGUUUGUUCUUGAAUUCGGUAUCAUCUUCCAUUCUGUGUUCAUUGGGUUGUCCUUGGCAGUCGCGGGUGAAGGGUUUGUUGCGUUGUACUGUGUAAUUGUGUUCCACCAGAUGUUUGAGGGCUUGGGGUUGGGCACCAGAAUCGCAACCACGCCAUGGCCGAAGAAUGUCAAGUGGACGCCAUGGCUCUUGUGCGGUGCCUACGCAUUGUGUACACCGAUCUCCAUUGCCAUUGGUUUAGGGGUCAGACACUCCUACCCGCCGCAAUCCAGAACGUCCUUGAUUACAUCCGGUGUCUUUGAUUCGAUCUCUGCGGGUAUCUUGAUCUACACCGGUCUUGUGGAGUUGAUGGCCCAUGAGUUUAUGUACUCAGAUGAGUUCAAGGGCAAAGGCGGGUUGAAACGAGUUAUUUAUGCUUACGUUGUGAUGUGUUUUGGUGCUGGCAUUAUGGCCUUGUUGGGCAAAUGGGCUUAGCUGGAUCGAUUGAACUGUUUGGAAGCUCCGAUCAUCCGUAAUUUCACUUGGAUUUACCUGUUUUCAAGCUUGCUAUUAUGAAAUUGUUUUCAAAAGUAAUAAAAUGCCGCCCCUGGUAUGC